AUGAAGAAACAUUUACGUUCAGAAGCCUCAACUGUCAAAUACGACCGGUCGUUUAGCAAUAGCCCGGUUUUCACAUUCGGAAUGUCACGGGCCAAACAUACGGAUGACAUUAUGAAUAUUAAUGUCGGUGGGAAACGGUAUACGGUAGGUUUUCUGGAAAUAUAAUGAAAGUAAGGGAUAGGGUAGGAUGGGAUAAGAAAAAGUGUGGUGUGGUAAGGUAGCGUAAUGUAGGAAGCAAGGCAGGGCAGGACAGGGCAGGGCAAGACAAGGCAAGACAAUACAAGACAAGGCAAGGCAAGGCAAGGCAAAGCAAGGCAAGACAAGGCAAGGCAAGACAAGGCAAGGCGAGGCGAGGCGAGGCGAGGCGAGGCGAGGCGAGGCGAGGCGAGGCGAGGCGAGGCGAGGCGAGGCGAGGCGAGGCGAGGCGAGGCGAGGCGAGGCGAGGCAAGGCAAGGCAAGGCAAGGCAAGGCAAGGCAAGGCAAGGCAAGGCAAGGCAAAUCAUGGUAGUGUACGACUAGUGCGGUAAAGUGUCUAUUUUUCUUUGGUAUACCCUAAAGUUUCUACUGUUUGUAGGUCCGUCGCUCUGAUUUGAUAGCAGACCCAAGGAGCAAGUUGGCAGAUUGGUUUCGACCAAAUAAUAAUCGACCAGUCCCAACCGACAAAGGUGGUAACAUAUACUUGGACAGAGAUGCCAAGACAUUCCGACACAUCUUGGCCUACCUUCGGCUGAAAAAAGACCGUUUGGCUCCGACGUUGGCUUUACCUUCUAAGCCUGAUGAUUUGGCAAAGUAGGUUCUUUUUAAUAGCAGACCCUACUUCAGCAAAUUUUCAAAAAAAGUUAGAUUAUAAAUUUUAAAAAUGUCGAAUAAUUCUGAAAGAACAUCACAUGACAUUGUUAACGUUCUCUGUUUCAUACUCAAUCACUUUUGCUCGGUGUAAUCAAUCGAAACAGUACCAAACAGUCUGUAACGAGGCUUAGGUCGAGCACAGGAAUCGAACUUGCGAAGGGGCCGCUUUUGCUUGUUUGUUAGGCAAAGGUAAAAACCACUGCGCUACGAAGGCACAAUCGGAAAGGGACGUUGAUUGGCUUCUUUUUGCUCUUGAGGCGAAAUAAAGUAACUUACAAGGGAUAUACCCUACCUAUUCUUUUCAGAAUUAGCUCAAAAUUUUUAUUUGAAUUUUUUGUACUACCAGUAGUACCUAUAAAAAGUUUUACCUCGCGCUUUUGAUUUUUAAGAUUUAUAUACUUGAGUUUCUCGCGAAUUUCCCAAGCUUGGCAUUGUGUUUGAAGCACUUUUUUUGACUUUCCUAAAAAGCUACCCUUACAAAUUUGAAAUUUUAGUCUCAUUUAAAGCUUGUCUACUACAAUAUCAAAGAAAAAUGAUUAAAAGUCGAGAAAUGACAAAGUUAUGAGCUUGAAACACAAUGCCAAUUUGGCGCGACAUUCGAAACAGUUUUUUGAUUCUGUUUUUCAAGAUUAACUUGAACGCUCCCUUUAGUAAUUUUUCAACUUUUUAGAUUAGUUGCCGAAUGUGAAGCCCUAAACCUAGCCGAACUGAAGGAUGCUGCUCUAAACUUGUUGCACAUGUACGAAAGAAACGAAGAACAACAUUAUGUGACAACUUAUGUCCAAAGCGCGGUCAGAGAUUUCGAAAACUGGACCUUCGAAAGUGAUAACGGAGUUAAUAGUGUAAGUAAAAAAUGUUAUAAAAUUUUAAACUAAUUUUAUAAGGACAUAUUGUUUUACGGAUAACUUGUUACAGGAAGCGGUGAAGCGUCUUCGAGAGACUUCUGUACCAGAAACCAUAAACUUGAGCAAUAGUGCUUAUGACGAAUGGGACAAUUUGUAA